AUGCGUAUCUUCGAGCUCGCUCAGCAGGCAAAAACCGUCCGUCACUACGUCUGGAGCAGCCUUGACUAUGCCGUUAAGAAAGCAGGCUUUGAUCCCAAGUAUAGGCCUUCCGUCGUCAGCGACAGCGACUUGUCCUGGAGCUCCCUCACCUCGGAGCCUUAUAUGGAGAUGCUCAAAUCGUCUUUGUGGGGACCUCUCACCCGCCGCGCCGACGGUACUCACGUAUUCGCGUUCCCUACCGGCCAAGGCCGCGUCCCGAUGGUGUCCCUCAAAGACAUCGGCUUCUUCGCCCGCUGCUCCUUCUACAACCGCGCCGAAGUCUCGGGCAAGGACCUCGAGAUCACGGGCGACGUAGUCACGCUCGAGGACACCGUCUAG